AUGAGUAACAUAGAUGCUCAUUUUGCACCCGGCUACGAUCCGACGACCGAUGUACAUUUGGAGGAAAACAUGCAUCCCGAGGGCGAACCCUCGCGCCGUCCCGUUGCGGGGCUCAUGACCAAAGACGACGAUUGGGAUAUGGCGCUGGAAGCGCUUCGCGACCGCACGCGUUGGAAACAGAAGGGAGAGGAGAGGCUACGUGCAGCAGGAAUCAACGAGGAGGCGAUUCACCAAUGGAAGAAUAAUGCCGCCUUCACUGGGGCAGAUGGAGAGGGGAAGCCGGAGGACGUGCAAUGGUCGAAUAAGGGCGAGGGACGAGAGUGGGAUCGAGGAAAGUUCGUGAACGAUGAUGGGCACAUUGAUAUUCGGGCUGCGUGGUAG